GUUGGCAGCCAUGUCGUCCUCUUCUUCUCGUAUUUCUCGCGCGACAGCUAUCAACGCUGUCGGUAUCAAGCUUUCAGACCUGGAUAUGGCGCCUUGCUCCAAUUGUCGUAAUGCGAAAGUGCCUGAGGGCGAGAUUCGCCCUUCCUGCGUGGUGGGGCCGCGUUCCAAGAAGUGCUCCGAGUGUGUCCGGAAAAAUUGUCGGAGUUGCGACGUAACGCUCCGCGCUCAAGAGUGGCAGAAGCUCGUGAUUAGUCGGGACAAGCUGGCUCUUCAAAUCGAGGAGAUCGAGAAGGAGGAGCUGGAGCUGAUGGAGGCCCAGGAUAAGCUGAAUUCUCAGCUUCGGCAGCGGCGGGAAAAGAAAUUGCGUCUUCGGAAGAUCUUUGCUCAGCAGGCUCGUCGUGCUGAGGCUGCUGUGGAGGCGGAGCUCGAUGUCCUGAGUGACGAAGAGUCCGGUGAUGGCGAGCCCGGUUCAGCCGUUCCUGUCGAGGCUCCCGUUGAGAUUCCUGAGUUUCAUCUUGACCAUGGCAUCCUGGAGCUGCCUAUCGAGUCCUGGAUGGCCUUAGAGGGGGUUUCAUCAGACUUCUUUGCCAUUCCUGCAGCAGGAGUCGACAGUUCGUCAAGUUCUUGAUUGGUUCCCAG